GGCAUCAGCCCUGCCUUUCCCAGCUGUUCAAAAAAAGUCCGAUUGGAGAACACAACGAACCUCUAGCUGAUUGCCCUUCCAAAAAUGAGCUUCAUUGAUCAGGAAGUUACGGAGAUCCGGGCCAAAUGUGAGAAGCAGGUGCCCCACACGAAGAUCAUCAUUUGCUCUAGCUCCCUAAUACGGGUUGACAUCUACCCGGAGCGGCCUAACCGAUCGAUGACCGUGUGUUUACGUUUCCCACAGAACUAUCCGCGGAGCACUCCCAUCCUGGUGGAGCUAAAGAGCCGCGUGUACUCCGACAUGCUGCUGACGGAGCUCACUCGGCUCAUCGAUGACUAUGCGCGGGACUUCAUUGGAAAACCACAGGCGCUCUUGGUUCUGGCCUUUGCCCAACAGUAUUUAUCGGAUAAUCCGCUCUGCGUCUGCCUAGACGAGAUCAAACAGCUAAGGGCGGACAUCAAAACUGGGGGAACGGAGAGUCAGCUUAAGCUGAAGCAAAAGAACAGGAGCGUGGAGCUGGUGGCCAAGGGAGGCCUCUUCACGUAUAGAGUUACGGCUGUAGUCCCGGAUAGUUAUCCCAUGCAGAGUGUAGAGUUGCGUGGUCAGGAAUCCAAUCUCCCAGCCGUACUCGUACGCUACCUAAACGGCCAGUCGCGUGAGAUAGCCCGUCAGUGCGUGGAGCCCCCGAUCCGACUAAGCAAGGAGGCACUGGCCAAUUUCCGACCAGUCAGAAGCUUGCAGCGUUCGCUUAAGUUCUGCCUGGAGGCCACCCGAGAUUUCCAUAUAGAACUUUGUCCAAUUUGUGAUAAUACGGUGCUGCCGGAGGAUCCGCAGGACAUUGAAACGGAUGACAAUGCGGACUCAUUCAUCGAGCGCGUAUAUUGUGGCCACCUUUUUCACCAGGGUUGCCUUAAAAAAUACCUGUCGGAGCCGCCCUUCCCCAAAGGCGGAAAAUUCUGUCCGGCCCAGCGUCGCCAUCCGCGAUCGGAUGCCCAGACCUACAUGGGGAGGACCCAGGGCGGAGUAGUCACUGUGCCCCGGACUCCGGACGACGGUGUGUGCGGCAUAAAGCUGGCUCACGAUCGCUGGGUGGUGAGCGUAAAGACGGCGGAGGCUCGCUGGGCCCAGAAACAGGCUCGUCAGCGGGAACUGGAGGAGGUGGUGGACUUUCUGCAAUAACAGAGGAUUCUACUCGGAAACAGCUUACUGUGUAUGGUUAUGUAUUUUGUGAUUUCUAUUCGAAUACGCUUAUAUUGCUAAUGAUAAAAUAAAUAAAAUGAAGAUGAAGUGCGACUAGGUUCGAUAUGAGCAAGGGUCCUGCAUAUCUUGUUAACUCGAUGUCAAUAAAUUGAACACACUACA